CACCAUUGACAAAACUCCUCGUGUGAUCGCCGAUCUGUGAGGCAGUGCUCAUCUGUUGAACCAUACUGGGACGGAAACGGCCGACGUGUUUUCAGCCACAGCCACAUGCACGUGAGAUUAGGAUCGCACCCUGCUGCUCACGACGACAACCGCGUUGAGAAGACAGACGUAUCAUCUACGAGGUUGCAUCAGUCUCUCGUCGAGAUGUCACGCCGUGCCAUCGUGCCGUGGAUAUAAAGAGGCUUGGUCGGUCGGCAGUCGAGUCUCAAUCACCACCGACAUUCGCUUCCCCCACCCAAAGGCAUGUCUCGACAUAUCGCAACAUUGCUUUCUCCGGCAUGGGGCCACGCCCUGCCCUACCUACAUCUCGCGAUCCGUCUCCUCCGCACCGAUCCCAGCCUGGUCAUCACUAUCGUGCAGCACAACGUCGUCGUACCGAAGAUGAAACGAGAGCUGGAGGGCUGCAAAUACGACGCGCGUCGACUGUCGAUUCUCGGUGUCGGCUCGGCAAACGCGGAGUUUACUCCGGCGAUUAUGGAGCAAGCGACGAAAGAGCUUGUGGGGGGCUGGCUGGAGAUCUUGGCUGGUCUCAUGGCGACAGACGCGUCGACCAAAUGGCCCAGGCCCCGGACAGUGCAUAUGGACUUCCUUGGCGGCGGAUUCGUGUUCCAGCCGACGAAAAAGCUGCUGGGGCUCAGCGUGAAGGUGGUCAUGUUCACAUCGAGCGGGGUCACCACAAUGCCGGACGUGCUGGACACCUACAACUUCCCGCGAGUCGUACGAAAGAUCUCCGAAGACGAGGCAAAACGAGAGGGGAGGACCCAACAAAAGAUCAUCGUAGAUGUGAUCACCGCCUGGAACGGCAGCGACAAACUCGAUGGCCGUGUGCUGCACAUUCCUGGGAUCCCGGAUAUAUACGACUACGAACACAUCGCGCGCGGCGCCGGCGAUCCCGACGGUGUAGCAUCCGUGAUCUACUCCGCCGCCGAGAUGUCCGCCGGUGUCGACGCAUUCAUCGCGCUCGGCAGCGCGGCGCUCGAGCCUGGCUCCAUCUCCCCCGUGCGAGACUUCUACCGCGCGCGCGGGCAGGUGGUAUUCGCCGUCGGCCCGCAGAUGCACGACUCGUAUUUCGACGACAGCUGCGGCGGGAGUGGAGGCCCACUUCCGUGCCCCCGCAACGCGAAACUGAGCAACGAGAAACUGAAGCGGUUCCUGGAGGAUAAAUUCCAAAAACACGGACCCCGAUCUGUCUUGUACAUCUCAUUCGGCUCGCUGUUCUUCCCCCGCGCGACUCCGGAACACGUGAACGCGAUGGUCGAUGUACUUCUGCAACUAGACGAGGAACUACCGUUCGUUUUCGUUCUGGCCGGGAAGCUCGCUUCGCUCCCGGAAGACAUUGUCAACCGGAUACACAACAGUGGACGCGGGCUCGUCUGCGACUUCUGGGUCGAGCAGCAAGCCGUGCUGCAAAGCGGUUGCGUUGGAUGGGUUCUGACGCACGGGGGCUACAAGUGCGGACGACACUUCCUCUAUCAUGACCCGCGAACUCAUCUCUCUCGAUUCAGCUCGAUCACGGAAUCGCUCACUCAGGGUAUUCCGCUGAUUGUCUGGCCCAUCGGGGCUGAACAGGCGGUCAAUGCAGUGCUUUUGUCAACGGGGCCAGCGCCUGUUGCAAUCGAACUCUUCCAGAUCCGCGCAGGCGCACAGCUGGGCCCAUCUCUGCGCUCCGACGCGCCGAGGAACAUCACUGGGACACUUGCAGAUGCAACGGCCGAGUUCCGCAAAACUUUUGCUGAUCUCAAAAGCGCCAAGGGGAGAGCUCUGGUGCGGAAUGCGUUGAGCGUUCGGAAACUGUGGCGUCAGGAGAGAGCCGUGAGAGACUCGGAUCCAGCGCGAGAGCUCUUGCGGCUUGUCGAGUAUUGA